GGGCGUGCGGCAGGCUUCGAAAAUACACGUUUACUCGUCAUCCACCGUGUGUUUGUAGUUGGGAAAGUGCUAACUCGGAGGCUUUGAUUCUUCCCGUCCUUUGUACAAACUGGUGCCUUUAACGUCUCGGUGACAGCGUUGCUCGUGCUUGCGGGAGAACCUUGAACAAGGUGUAUUUAUUUGCAGUCCUACUGACUCGUUUCCUUUUGGGGGAAUGGGGUUGCAGUUCUAGCUGAAGAAACAAACUGUUCUACAUGUGCUUCACUAUCCAUUGGAAGAAUGACAGAUGACAAAGAUGUACUUCGAGAUGUGUGGUUUGGACGAAUACCAACCUGUUUCACUCUGUAUCAGGAUGAGAUAACUGAAAGGGAAGCUGAACCUUACUAUUUGCUUUUGCCAAGGAUAAGCUACUUGACACUGGUAACAGACAAAGUAAAGAAACACUUCCAGAAAGUUAUGAGACAAGAGGAAGUUAGUGAAAUAUGGUUUGAAUAUGAAGGUACACCACUGAAAUGGCAUUACCCAAUUGGUUUGCUGUUUGAUCUCCAUGCAUCAAAUACAGCCCUUCCUUGGAGCAUCACAGUACAUUUCAAGAAUUUUCCAGAAAAGGAUCUUCUACACUGCCAUUCUAAGGAUGUGAUUGAAGCUCAUUUUAUGGCUUCUAUAAAAGAAGCAGAUGCUUUAAAGCACAAAAGUCAAGUCAUCAAUGAGAUGCAAAAAAAGGAUCAUAAGCAACUAUGGAUGGGAUUACAGAAUGAUAAAUUUGAGCAGUUUUGGGCAAUAAAUCGAAAACUCAUGGAGUAUCCUCCAGAAGAUAAUGGAUUUCGAUACAUCCCAUUUAGAAUUUAUCAGGCGACAACAGAGAGACCUUUUAUACAGAAGCUAUUUCGACCAAUUGCUUCAGGAGGACAGUUGCAUACUUUGGGAGAUCUGCUAAAAGAUGUGUGUCCUAGUGCUAUCGCCUCUGAAGAUGGAGAGCAGAAGACUCAAGUGAUGAUUCAUGGAAUUGAGCCAAUGCUGGAAACACCCAUACAGUGGCUAAGCGAACAUAUGAGCUAUCCAGAUAAUUUUCUCCACAUUAGUAUCAUUCCCCGACCUACUGAUUGAAACUCAGCUAUAUUGGUAUGAGGAUCAUUCUCAAGCUGGAAUUAUAAGGGCAUGUCAACUUCUUGCUUUUGUCGGUCUUGACAGAGGCAGCCUGACCAGAAAAAAAAAAAAAAAACAAAAAAAAACCCAACAAAAAACUGAAACAAACCAAGAAGUCCUCACUGCUGCAAGCCAAACAGGAAGAGAGAUCCUAUCAUCAGAUAAGGGCAAUUGGGCUGAUCUUAUUUUGCAUCACCGCUGCUUUUCUUCACCACUGUAAUUAAAUCAGUUGUGAUAUGAAAGAAUUUACGGGACCUCUGCAAGUCUGCUGUUGUCUUGUAAAAUAUAAUGAAGCUGAAACUGUCAGCCGAAGAGCAAAUGGAAAUAUGCCACUUGAUUGUAUUUCUGAUUAACAAAUAAACAGGGUUGUUUCCUAAAGUGGUAGUGUUUCAACUUUGAGAGUGGAAACAUUGGUUUAAUUUUCUAGAAAGUUAGACACUGAGAGAUUCAGUUACCAAUAGCUUUUUGUAAAAGAUCAAAUUACUGUAAACCCAUCUUUCCUUAAUGAGAAGUUCAUGUUUACAGUAUGUGUAUUGGUAUGCAAAUGAUCUUUUAACUUUGAUAACAAGCAGUGAGAGAUUUUAAAGUAAACCCGUGAGCAUGUUUUGUCAUUUAAAAACAUGCACAACUUAAUAAUUUACAAAUACUUUUGAUUUGUAUGCUGUCACUGAAUACUCUAGUAUGUUUAUUAUUCAAACCAGUUUUCAUAGACUAGCAAUGAUGUAGGAUAAUUUGUCUCAGGAUUUGUCAUGGCAUUUCUUUGUGCUCAUCUAAAUUUUUUUUUCUGUAAGAAUAUUUUCUUAAUUUAGUUUUAAAAGUUAAAAAAAAAAGUAAACGGAUGUUGCAAA